AUGGCUCUUUACUGCGGCGACAACUUCGGCGUGUACUCGCAGCCCGGCCUGCCGCCCCCCAACGCCGCCGGCCCCGGGGCCCCCCCGGCGGCCAGGGCGCCCUACGGGCUGGCGGACUACGCCGCGCCGCCGGCCGCCGCCGCCAACCCCUACCUGUGGCUCAACGGGCCGGGCGUGGGCGGGCCGCCCGCGGCCACCGCCGCCGCGUACCUGAGCGCCCCGCCGCCGCCGCCCCCCGGGGGCGCGGCCGGGCCCUUCCUGCAGCCGCCCAGCGCGGCUGGCACCUUCGCCUGCGCGCAGCGGCCCUUCGCGCAGUCCGCGCCCGGCACGCCCGCCUCGCCCGCCGGGCCCGCCGCCCCGGGUGAAUUGGGCUGGCUGUCCAUGGCCAGCCGCGAGGACCUGAUGAAGAUGGUGCGGCCGCCCUACUCGUACUCGGCGCUCAUCGCCAUGGCCAUCCAGAGUGCGCCCGAGCGCAAGCUCACGCUCAGCCACAUCUACCAGUUCGUGGCCGACAGCUUCCCGUUCUACCAGCGCAGCAAGGCCGGCUGGCAGAACUCUAUCCGCCACAACCUGUCGCUCAACGACUGCUUCAAGAAAGUGCCCCGUGACGAGGAUGACCCAGGGAAAGGCAAUUACUGGACCCUGGAUCCCAACUGUGAGAAAAUGUUUGACAAUGGGAACUUCCGUCGGAAGCGAAAGCGUCGCUCUGAGACCAGCAGCAGCUCUGCUGUGACCACGGGGACAUCAAAAUCAGAAGAAGGAUUGGGGUCUGGAGUGGGUGGGAAGCCAGAAGGAGACAGCCCCUCUUUGCUGAGGCCAUCCCAAUCCCCAGAGCCUCCCGAGGGCACCAAGAGUACUGCCUCCUCCCCUGGAGGGUCCAUGCUCAGCUCUACCCCAUGCCUCAACACCUUCUUCAGUACCCUCAGCACCUUAAGCGUCAGCAGCAGUGGGAGCACCCAGCGCGCACUCCCUGGGAGCCGCCACCUAGGGCUCCAGGGGGCCCAGCUGCCCCCUAGCAGCACGUUCUCCCCCAGCUCCAUCUCGGAGGCCUCGCCAGACACAUUGCAGCUGAGUACCAGCAGCAGCAGCACCAGCGGCAGCCAGAGAUCUUCCUAUUAUAACCCUUUUCCUGCCAGCAACAGUGGGGGGCAAGGCGGCCACUUCAGCAGCCCUUUCUACAACUUCAGCAUGGUCAACAGUCUCAUCUACCCCCGGGAAGGCUCCGAGGUAUAGGGUGCUGCUUCUUAGACUUGAAUAUGCACACCUGAGAUUUUGUAGAAUGCAGAUUCCAAGGCAGUAGGUCUGGGGUAGGAACUGAGGUUCCCCAUUUCUCUGGAGCUUAUGGGUGAUCUCGUGGUCCACUGUGUAACGUGGGGUCCCAUGGGCAUGGUAGACAAUUCUUUGUAUAGCCCAGCAGGCUUUCAUAGGUUUCUCUGGAUCAGGGUCUUCCUGGAGAAUCCACCUCACUUUCCUGGGAUAGUACUUAUGAGUCCUGUGAGGAGAGGGACCACGUCUGUUUUGUUCAUGACUGUAUCAGGGUUGCCAAGCUCAAACACAUCCAGGGCCAGCUUAAAAAAAACCUCAGUGAAUGAAGUUAUUCGAUAGGAAAAAGGUCAGUUGGCUAUAGGUGAUACUAACUGGCUAAGGCUGCUGUGGGCAGCUAAUUAAGCUAGUGAUAUCCUGCCUGGCAGCUUUUGGAUUUUUCUAGAAAGGUCAGAUACCUCUACUUUUUUUUAAUUGAGGUAACAUUGGUUUAUUACACUCAGAUACCUUGAUUUUUAUAGGGAUACUUCCAUUUGUGUUCUUUGCCUCUAGAGUUUUAAAAAUACUAUACAUCCAUGCUCUGCAUAACACUUUGGCCAAUGAUGGGCCAUGUAUAUGAUGGUGAUUACCAUUUCCUGUUGCCUGCUGGCAUGGUAGCCUCAUACAUGUCUUGUUUACUUCAUCUCUUGAUAU